UACGGACCCUCGUAUAGUAUCUUCCCGCGUUAAAUCGCCGGUCUCUCUCUUUCUUUCUCCCGGCUUGAUCGGAACCUAAUCGGAAAAUUCCACAACCGGCCAAAGGUUCCGACUCGCCGCCUUAUCACAGUAGAGAGUAAUUCGCAUUGUAGACACUUCUACAUCUUUUUCUCUCGUUGGCGAAGAUGACGAAACAGCCAAACGCCGGUGGUGGGGAAGAGAACGCAGCGGCGGCGACGCCGGCGGAGCAUAAGAGCAGCUCCGGUGUGAAUCCGGAUCAAGGUCCGAAACCGGAUCCGCAAUGUGUGCAACAGGACUAUACUAUUACAAUUGCCUCUGUAAAUGAGAAUCAAAUUGGUAAAAUCGAAAAUGAAGGUAUCAAAUCGGCGAACGGUUUGAAUAAAUCGAAGAAAUCGGUGCAUUGGAGCCAGGAAUUGGUGACGGAGUCGUCGGUGCAGAGAAAAACCGGUAACCAGGGAUCGAAUCCUUACUUAGCUCAUUCUCCGGCUCCGGCCAACAAUUCUGCUUCCGUCAAUAUCAAAAAUAAAAUGGAGAGUGUCAAAGAUGUACUUGGUAGAUGGGGAAAGAAGGUUGGUGAAGCAACAAAGAAGGCAGAGGAUAUUGCUGGCAAUACAUGGCAACACUUGAAAACGAGCCCUAGUAUUGCUGAUGCUGCCUUAGGAAGAAUUGCUCAGGGAACAAAGGUUCUAGCUGAAGGUGGUUAUGACAAGAUAUUCCGCCAAACAUUUGAGGCAGAUCCUGAGGAGCAACUUCGGAAUUCAUUUGCAUGUUAUUUAUCGACCUCAGCUGGACCAGUAAUGGGAGUGUUAUAUUUAUCUACUGCAAAGCUUGCAUUUUGUAGCGAUAACCCCCUUCCCUACACAAACGAAAACAAGACUGAAUGGAGCUAUUACAAGGUAAUUAUCCCGUUGCAUCAGCUUAAAGCAAUUUAUCCUUCGUUGAGCAUAACCAAUUCGUUAGAAAAGUACAUCCAAGUUAUCUCUAUUGACAACCAUGAAUUUUGGUUUAUGGGAUUUCUAAAUUACACUGGUGCUGUGAAGUGCCUGCAAGACGCCCUACAAGCACACACAUUGCAGGUCCUGUGAGGCGUGUUUUAUGAGAUGAUGGCGUGCUUCGCGAUGCCAAAAAUGUCACCUUCAUACAUCUGGUUGCCAUUGCAGAAGAUUCUGAAGGUUUAUUUAUACCAACUCAGAUUUCUUGGCAACAACGGAUUAUGUUUCUGGUUUGAGUUGUUUUGCAUUGAUGAACUUAAAUUAGUAGUUUAACAAUGCAUAGAACAUCUUGAGGCACUUAUAUAUUUACAUAUAUACAUCUUUUAUCAUAUUAACU